AUGGCCGAUGAGCAAGCCAAUGCUUACUACAACAGUGGCCACUCCUCUCAAGGCAGUCGGCGCCGCUCAAGGAGGCAUCGCGAUGAUCCAGACCGCUUGGUCGAAAAUCUUGGAGGAUACAAGAUCCGGAUUCCCCCUUUCCAUGGCAACAACAAUCCUGAUGAGUACAUGGACUGGGAGAAGAAGUGUGAGUUCAACUUCAACUUACACAACAUAUCCAACAUCAACAGAGUCAAACUGGCGGUCUCUGAGUUCAAUGACUAUGCCCUAAGGUGGUGGGAACAAGUCGUGACCGCGAGAGAGAUUGGUGGAGCUCUUGAAGUAUCUACCUGGGAAGAGAUGACAAGGAUCAUGAGGCAGAGACAGAGAGGCCACUAUGUAUCAGUUCAUUGGAGGAUUAAACCGCGAGAUCCAAGAUGUGGUGGAGAUGCAAAACUGUGUGGGCUUAGAGUCUAUGCUCCACAAGGCCGUCCUUGUGAGCAACAGCUUAAGAGAAAGACACCCUCACGCUUUGGAGCUGAUCAGCGCAGGCCGAUGAAUCCAAGAGACUCCAGACCGGCUUUCACACCAAAACCUGAGCCACGAGGAGGUGUUGUAUCAACCAUUUUAGAGGUGGUGUUGGAGAUUCCUUUCCAUUGGAUCUCUGGUACUAUGGUGUCUGAGAAAGAAGAUGAAGAGGAUUCGAACAAGAGUCUCAGUGAAUCCCUUCUGGAUCAAAUCAAGAAACUCAUGAGGGAAGAGUUUGAAUGGAGGGAACAAGUUAAAGCAGGAAAGCGCAAAGAGUCUAGAGAUCACAUCCAUAUCUCGGAUGAGGAGAGGAGGAACGACGCUAUGACCUCAAGAAGGAUGGCCGAUGAGCAAGCCAAUUCUUACUACAACAGUGGCCACUCCUCUCAAGGCAGUCGGCGCUGCUCAAGGAGGCAUCGCGAUGAUCCAGACCGCUUGGUCGAAAAUCUUGGAGGAUACAAGAUCCGGAUUCCCCCUUUCCAUGGCAACAACAAUCCUGAUGAGUACAUGGACUGGGAGAAGAAGUGUGAGUUCAACUUCAACUUACACAACAUAUCCAACAUCAACAGAGUCAAACUGGCGGUCUCUGAGUUCAAUGACUAUGCCCUAAGGUGGUGGGAACAAGUCGUGACCGCGAGAGAGAUUGGUGGAGCUCUUGAAGUAUCUACCUGGGAAGAGAUGACAAGGAUCAUGAGGCAGAGACAGAGAGGCCACUAUGUAUCAGUUCAUUGGAGGAUUAAACCGCGAGAUCCAAGAUGUGGUGGAGAUGCAAAACUGUGUGGGCUUAGAGUCUAUGCUCCACAAGGCCGUCCUUGUGAGCAACAGCUUAAGAGAAAGACACCCUCACGCUUUGGAGCUGAUCAGCGCAGGCCGAUGAAUCCAAGAGACUCCAGACCGGCUUUCACACCAAAACCUGAGCCACGAGGAGGUGUUGUAUCAACCAUUUUAGAGGUGGUGUUGGAGAUUCCUUUCCAUUGGAUCUCUGGUAUAGCCAUUCAAUCCAUUCUCAUCUAUCUCUUUCCAUCGAUCCAUUCAUCCUUUCACCAUCUCACUCCAUUUCGCCAAGUUCUUUGA